AGUGGCUGCCUGCAGGUGACCAUGGCCGUGUGAGCGUCUGCCAUGGCCAACCGGAAGCGUCAGAGCACGGCGAGCAGCAUGCUGGACCACAGGGCGAGGCCGGGCCCCAUGCCCCAUGGCCAGGAGCCCGAGAGCGAGGACACGGAGCUGCCCCUGGAGGAGUAUGUGGCCAAGGGCCUGGAGCUGGCCACCCUGCGGCCCGAGAGCCCCACGCCCCCGGACCAGGGGUGCCACGACCACAGCCCUGAUGGGGACUCCAGCUCUGACUACGUGAACAACACCUCCGAGGAGGAGGAUUACGAUGAGGGCCUCCCCGAGGAGGAGGAGGGCAUCACCUACUACAUCCGCUAUUGCCCCGAGGACGACAGCUACCUGGAGGGCAUGGACUGCAACGGGGAGGGGUACCUGGCUCACGGCACCCGCCACCUGGAGACGGACGAGUGCCAGGAGGCGGUGGAGGAGUGGACAGACUCGGCAGGCCCGCGCCCACACGGCCACGGGGACGAAGGCAGCCCGGACUUCCGGGACGGCCACCUCCCCAUCCCGGAGGAUGAGGCCUCUGUCCUGGAGGCCCAGGACCAGGAAGAAGGUGUCCACUACUGCCCUGGGGAGGAGGGCUACCAGGACUACUACCCCACGGAGGCCAACGGGAACACGGGCAACGCCUCCCCCUAUCGUCCGAGGCGUGGGGACGGGGGCCUGGAGGACCAGGAGGAGGACAUCGACCAGAUUGUGGCCGAGAUCAAGAUGAGCCUGAGCAUGACCAGCAUCACUAGCGCCGGCGAGGCCAGCCCCGAACAUGCCCUGGUGCGGGGGCCCGAGCCGGGGCCCGGGGACUCCACGGAGGCCUGCCCGCCCGGCGAGGCCAGCCACGACCCUAGCAGACAUGAGGGAAGACCCAAGUCACUGAACCUCCCUCCUGAGGCCAAGCACUCCGGAGACCCCCAGAGAGGCUUCAAGACCAAGUCCAGGACUCCAGAGGAGAGGCCGAAGUGGCCCCAAGAGCAGGUGUGCAAUGGUUUGGAGCAGCCGAGGAAGCAGCAACGCUCUGAUCUCAAUGGACCCGUGGACAAUAACAACACCCCAGAGACAAAGAAGGUGGCAUCAUUUCCAAGUUUUGUGGCUGUUCCAGGUCCCUGUGAACCAGAAGACCUCAUUGAUGGGAUCAUCUUUGCUGCCAACUACCUGGGGUCCACCCAGCUGCUCUCAGAACGUAACCCUUCCAAAAACAUCAGGAUGAUGCAGGCUCAGGAAGCCGUCAGCCGGGUCAAGAGGAUGCAAAAGGCUGCUAAAAUCAAGAAAAAAGCGAAUUCGGAGGGGGAUGCCCAGACUCUGACCGAAGUGGAUCUUUUCAUCUCCACCCAGAGGAUCAAGGUGUUAAAUGCAGACACACAGGAGACCAUGAUGGACCACGCCUUGCGUACCAUCUCCUACAUCGCGGACAUUGGGAACAUCGUGGUGCUGAUGGCCAGGCGCCGCAUGCCCCGGUCGGCCUCUCAGGACUGCAUCGAGACCACCCCUGGGGCCCAAGAGGGGAAGAAGCAGUACAAGAUGAUCUGCCACGUGUUCGAGUCUGAGGACGCCCAGCUGAUUGCACAGUCCAUCGGCCAGGCCUUCAGCGUGGCCUACCAGGAGUUCCUGCGCGCCAACGGCAUCAACCCCGAAGACCUGAGCCAGAAGGAGUACAGCGACAUCAUCAACACCCAGGAGAUGUACAACGAUGACCUCAUCCACUUCUCCAACUCCGAGAACUGCAAGGAGCUGCAGCUGGAGAAGCACAAGGGCGAGAUCCUGGGCGUGGUGGUGGUGGAGUCAGGCUGGGGCUCCAUCCUGCCCACGGUGAUCCUGGCAAACAUGAUGAACGGCGGCCCGGCAGCCCGCUCGGGGAAGCUGAGCAUCGGGGACCAGAUCAUGUCCAUCAACGGCACCAGCCUGGUGGGGCUGCCCCUCGCCACCUGCCAGGGCAUCAUCAAGGGUCUGAAGAACCAAACGCAGGUGAAGCUCAACAUUGUCAGCUGUCCGCCGGUCACCACGGUCCUCAUCAAGCGGCCAGACCUCAAGUACCAGCUGGGCUUCAGCGUGCAGAACGGGAUCAUCUGCAGCCUCAUGCGAGGGGGCAUCGCAGAGCGAGGAGGCGUCCGAGUCGGCCACCGCAUCAUUGAGAUCAACGGGCAGAGUGUGGUGGCCACGGCCCAUGAGAAGAUAGUCCAGGCUCUUUCUAACUCGGUCGGAGAGAUCCACAUGAAGACCAUGCCUGCCGCCAUGUUCAGGCUCCUCACGGGCCAGGAGACCCCGCUGUACAUCUAGGCCUACCCAGCCUGCACCGCCCAGCCCGCCUGGGUUCAGAGGAGCCUGAAAGGCUGGACCCAGGACCUGACCCCUGACCCCACAGCCCGCCCAAGGACACUGGCUCCUCCGAAGGGCGUGCCCUCACCACCCACUUUUUUUUUGGACAAAAAGGGGGGAUGUCUUCAUCAAAGGAGAGUCACAGGAAGCAUCUCUGUAGAACAGUCACGUGUUUUGCCCAUUCUGACCCGUCUUCUUGUUGCGACGGACAAGGCUGUUUCCCUGUAGCUGUGUGUGGUGUGGAGUGUGUCUUUCCUCCCUGAAGCCGUGGAGAGCGGAC